UGAGACAGACCUCAGCCACAAAGGGACAGCGGGAGGCACAGAGACAGGUCCCAGCUGGAGCAGACCUGGGAGAAGCUGAAAGUUCCUGGAAGAACAGAGACAGACCGACCACCCUUCACUGGCCGAGGAGAGCCCUGUCCAUGCUGUGAUGGAUCCCAGGAUGGGAGAGAGAGUGGGGAUUUUGCUCUGGGCGCUGCUGUUCCUGGGGGGGGUGGGAGCCAUCUGCCAGACGGGCAGUGCCAGCGAAUGCCAAAGUGCGACCCCGGUACCAGGGUCCAGUCUGGCUGGAGAGGGUUUCGAUGUGGUGACACUGUCACGCAAGGGGGCGUAUGUGGUGAACGUGGAGAGUUGGAGUCGUCGGGAUGGGGCCUGCACCCUCUGUAAGAACUCACUGAUGGGGGGUAGGUGGCAGCGGCUCCCCCUGGCCGCAGCAGACUGGCGGGCUCUGCGUAAUUGUCCCCGGGCUGUUUCCAGUCAGCUCUUCCACUCGCUCUCUGAGCUCAUAAAGUCAAUCGGCUCCAGUGUGGACAACAGCUGGAGCACUGGCCUAAAUCUACCCACCCAGCACUUGCAGUCAAUUGGUUCCAAAUCCAAGCUCAUGAAUUUUGCCAUACGGAAGGCCAAAUCAGGCUGCUACAGCUUUGCUAAACAUGAGUUCCGCUGUCAUCUUUACCGCUACCGCCUGAAGGACCAACCCCCCCUGGCACCCCAGUUCUCUGCCCGUCUGGACCAGAUCACCAACACUUCCUAUGAGGGAGCCCGGCACCACUACCGCCAACUAGUGCAGACUUUUGGAACUCACUUCAUUCACUCGGUCGAUAUGGGCGGCUCCUUCCAGGGUGUGACAGCCAUUCACACCUGCCAAGCUGCUGUGGAGGGCAUCACCCCCGAGCAGGUGAAGGACUGCCUGGGGAUAGAGGCCAGUUAUCAGAUGGUGGCGAUGGGCAAGGGCAGAGUGGGCACAGGUUUCUGUAAGAAAAAGGCUUCUUCCCUGAACCAGACCAAAACUUUCCACCAGGCCUUCAACGAGAGGCUGACAGAAGCCGUGGGAGGACAUGCCAGUGGUGACACAGACAUCCCCUUUUCCUCUGACCCUGCCAGCUUCACCCGAUGGCUGAAGAGCCUUGAGGUCUCACCAGGUAUCAUAAAAUACCAGCUGGCCCCUCUCCAUCUCCUGCUACCUAACACUGACCACCGCCGGGAACAGCUAAGGCUCUACCUCAGCGAGUACAUUUUGGCCAACGCCAUGAAACGGGACUGCUCCAAAACCACCUGCCCCACUCCUGGGAGCAGAAGCAGAUCCGAUCCCUGUUCCAGCCAAUGUCAGGAGAGCUUCCAGGUAGACAGUCACUGGUGCCACACGUGGAAGGGCACAGGGCACCUGUUUGUCACUAUCAAGAGCGGCUUAGGUCUCUGGGGCGACUAUUUAUCUGGCACUGACGGUUUUGUGGUGGUCUCUUACGGUAAUGCCAAAGGUCGGACCAGGGUGAUAAACAACAACAACAACCCUAUCUGGAACACCAGACUGGACCUGGGGGUGGUGGUUGCCCACAGCAACGUGAGACUCACCGUGGUUGUCUAUGAUAAAGAUAUCUUUUGGAACGAACAUCUGGGGACCUGCAAGGUGCCUCUGAUCUCUGGUGUCCAUGAUCAUUCCUGCCACCUUAAGCAUGGCAUGGUCACCUACCAAAUUUCCUUCACCUGUGGCGGCCACUUGUAUGGUCGCACCUGCCACCGGUGUCACCGGAGUCCAGGAGCCCGUGGGUUCACCGGGCUCCUGAGGACCAACCACUCCUCCCACUCGUCUGACUCCCCCACCGCCCUUCCUUCAGGGAAUGCCCUCUUCAAAGUUAUCAACCCCUAACCCUUGACCUCUCACCAACCUCACUCCCAGGCCCAACGCUGCUUUCCAACCCCCCAGGCCUGCCAUCAUACCACCCCUCCCCUCUUUCCCUCUCCCCCGUUCAUCAUUCCCAUUGCCCAGAUAUUUUCCCCCCUAUUCUCCAUGACCCUGUACCCAUCAUCCUCUGUGUCUCAUCAGUCCCAUUGCCCUGACCUUUCCUCUCUCACCCACUCUGGCCCAAGGAACAAUUCUCUCCAGGACUCCUUCCUCACAUCCAUUCCCAUGAUCCUCUGUUGCCAAGGUCACCUUGUCUUCAGUCCAAUCUCCCGACCUUUGCACUAUCACCCUUAAUAGUCCAGGUCACAAUAUCCCACACUCCCACCAGUCCCAGGCUCAGCCUCUCAGUGAGAGACCCCACAUAAC